AUGCGUCAAGAGGAACAUGUGCGUUCGUGGUGUAAUGGUCAGCAUGGAUGCCUUCCAAGCGCAGGAACCGAUUCAUGCACAGAAAAUGAAGAGUCUGAAAAUUUCAAACUUUUCAAAACGCUUUUCCAUUUGCAUUCGAAACACUGGACAUCCUUCAGAUUCCCGUAUUUUCUUCUGGCUUGCGAAUGUGUUUGCUCAAUUUACGAACCGGCCAUGUUCAAGCAAAUGAAUAAGGACAUGUUUGGUGAUGGACCACAUGUGAUUUCGUCUUGCUCAAAAUGGCAAAGCCUUCGAUUGUUCUUAAUCAUUCUGACAUCUAUACGGCAACACUAUAUGGGUCUGGCGAAGCUCCGAGCAACAGUGGAUCUUCGAAACUUGGUCUACGAAAACAUUCUAGAGCAACCGAUCAGUUUCUUCGAUCAAAAUCAAUCAGGCGAGCUGAGCACACUACUGGCAUCCAACUGUGGAACAAUAGCGAGCUACACUCCUGAUCUGAUUGCUAGCGUUGCGAAAGAUAUCUUUUUCGUUGUUGGAGAUGUCAUGUACGUGGUAAAUUUGUCAUGGCAAUUGACACUGUUGGUUCUGGUAUCUGCUCCUGUGAUUGGUCUUGUGACGAUUCAUUUUGGAGAUAAGAAGAGGAUGCUCUCCGAAGAGAUUGUCGCCUCCGAGGCUCGCUGCAAUGGAACAUCUGGAGAAGCGUUCUCCGGAGCACGAACCAUCCGAUCCAUGGCUGCCGAAUCCAACGAACUUCGAAAAUAUUAUCUUGUGAACGAGGAGAACUACAGUAUCCGUUCCAAAGAUGUCGGAAGUGAUUCAACUCAUGGGUUCUUGGUCGAUUUCGCAUGGCGACUCAUUUCAUGGGGAGUUUAUGUUUGUGGUCACUAUUUGAGGGAAUGCAACAUAAUGGAUGGGCAAGGUUUGAGCGUGUUUGUGGUCUACCACUGCCGAUCUCUAGGUGCGCUCACGAGACUAAUCAAAACCUACUCGGAUGGCAUGAAGACCAUUGGGAAGUCCAAGAAAGUUCUGGAGAUCCUUAGCUCAAAUCCCAAAUCCCAACUAAACUCUGGCAUCGAGACUCCGAAUGUUGUUGGUGGGAUAACGAUAGAGAAUGUGGAUUUUGCCUACGAGAUCAAUGGAAAAAGGAUCCUCAAAAGUCUGAAUCUAUCGAUUGCCCCCGGACAGACCGUGGCUCUAGUUGGCCCUAGUGGACAUGGAAAAUCGACUAUUGUUUCUUUGCUCCAGAGGUUCUACGCUCCAACAUCAGGAAGAAUUUUACUAGACCAGACGCCUAUCGUUAACAUCGAUCAUAAGUUUUACCAUAGCAAAGUUGCACUUGUGGGUCAGGAGCCUGUCUUGUUCUCAGGUACGAUCCGGGAGAACAUCUUGUAUGGCUAUGAUGAAGGGACAGAAGCAGACAUGAUAAGAGUCGCUCGGAUGGCUAAUGUGGACGAGUUCGUUUCCAAGAUGACGGGUGGUUACGAUACGGUUAUUGUCUGGUGGCCAGAAGCAGAGGGUGGCUAUCGCCAGAGCGUUGGUUCGCAAUCCUCGGAUCUUGAUCCUCGACGAGGCCACGUCUGCCCUGGAUGUGGAAUCGGAGGCGUUGGUUCAGCAAGCUCUUGGCAGAUGCUCCGUCGGGAUGACAGAAUUGAAAAUGAAGAACCUGGAAGUUUCGCACUUUUCAGAACUAUUUUCAAUAUUCAUAUAAAGCAUUGGAACGCUUUCCGGCUUCCGUAUUUGCUUCUGGCGGCCGAAUGUGUCUGCUUCCUCUACGAACCAAUCCUUUACAAAAGAAUGCAAUCCGAUAUGUUUAGAGAUGGACCACAUGAUCUCUCUUCCUGUGUUAAAUGGCAACUAGUUCGGCUCGUCACAAUCAUUUUAUUAUCUACAAAGGAAUACUAUAUGGGUCUGGCGAAACUCCGAGCAACAGUGGAUCUUCGAAACUCGGUUCACGAGAACAUUCUACACCAACCGAUCAGUUUCUUCGAUCAAAAUCAAUCGGGAGAGUUGAGCACACUUUUAUCGUCCAACUGUGGAACGAUAGCCAGCUACACGCCUGAAUUGAUUGCCAGCGUUGCGACAGAUGUUUUCAUGGUUAUUGGAGAUGGCAUGCUUCUGUUAACGUGUUCAUGGCAACUGACACUGACGAUUUUGUUGUCUGCGCCUGCCAUUAGUUUUGUGUCGAUAUACUUUGGAAAUGAGAGGAAGAUGAUAUCCGAAGAGACUGUCGCCUCCGAUUCUCGCUGCAGCGGAAUAACUGGAGAAGCGUUCUCCGGAGCACGAACCAUCCGAUCGAUGGCUGCCGAAUCCAACGAACUUCGAAGAUAUAAUCUUGUGAAUGAGGAAUACUACAAUAUCCGUUCCAAAGACGUUGGAAGUGAUUCUUCUCAUGGAUUCUUGGUCAAUUUCGGGUGGCGACUCGAUUCGUUGCUCAUUUAUUGGUAUGGCCAUUAUUUGAGGAAAUACAAUCGAUUGGAUGGGCAGGAGUUUCACACGUUUGUGAUCUACCAUUUUCGAGCGAUAUAUGCACUAACGAGACUAAUUAAACUGCACUCGGAGGGUAUGAAAACCAUUGGGAAGUCCAAGAAAGUUCUGGACCUCCUAAGCUCUGAUCCAAAAUCCAAGCUACUCUCUGGCACCGAGAAACCGAGUGUUAUUGGUGGGAUUACGAUAGAAGACGUGGAUUUUGCUUACGAGAUCGAUGGAAAAAGGAUCCUCAAAAGUCUGAAUCUAUCGAUUGCCCCCGGACAGACCGUGGCUCUGGUUGGCCCUAGUGGACAUGGAAAGUCCACUCUUGUUUCUCUACUCCAACGAUUCUAUGCUCCUUCGUCGGGACGAAUUCUUCUUGAUGGGACCCCAAUCGAGAAUAUUGACCAUAAAUUUUACCAUAGUAAAGUGGCACUUGUUGCUCAGGAGCCUGUCUUGUUCUCGGGAACGAUCCGAGAGAAUAUUCUGUAUGGCUAUGACGAAGGAUCGGAGGAAGACAUGAUGCGAGUGGCACGGAUGGCCAAUGUGGAUGAGUUCGUUUCCAAGAUGGCAGAUGGUUACGACACGGUUUGUGGAGAGCGAGGAGUCCGGCUGUCCGGCGGCCAGAAGCAGAGGGUGGCUAUCGCCAGAGCCCUUGUUCGCAAUCCUCAGGUCCUGAUUCUCGACGAGGCCACCUCGGCAUUGGAUGUGGAGUCGGAAGCACUGGUUCAGGAAGCUCUCAGUCGGUGUUCCCAGGAUAUGACUGUCUUGGUCAUUGCUCACCGUCUCUCAACUGUUCGGAACGCCGACAAAAUUGCGGUCAUUGAAAAUGGAAGUGUCAGUGCUCAAGGGACUCAUGAGGAGUUGAUGGAGGAUUCUGAAGGGACUUAUUUUAAAUUGGUCACAAGACAGUCAAAUGUGAUUGGAUAA